AGGAGCACCAUGGCGACCGGAGCGCGCCGAACACCCUCCUUACAUUCCGCGCCCUCGGCGUCGACACGCUUGACGUUUUGUGGCUAGCUGAGUACCUCGGGAGCUCGGUUACUCUCGGUCGUAGUAAACAGCCACUGUACGCAUACAAACAAAAGGAUGUUUUGAUUUGAUUGCCAUCUUGCUCCUCGAUGCUAGCUCGCUAGCUAGUUCGCCGUUAGCGUGUGGCGCUCGAGUGUGCUGUUGUUAGCAGAAGCUAGUUAGCUAGCAGGCUAAUAUUUUUAGCACCGGGUAGAGAAACUCGGACCGCCCUUGUCAACGUCAAGCUGGAGACCAGCUAAAAGUGAUACGAACAUGGCUGCAUUGUCUAUCCAGGGCCUGUACUUCGUCGUCACCCUGUUCCUGAGCAGUUUCUUCGGCAGCGUCUUCAUGCUGGGCCCGGUGCUCCCUGUCAUGAUUCUCUCGCCCGCCUGGUACCGCUGGCUCACGGACCGCAUCGUGGCCACUUGGCUGACGCUGCCAGUGGCACUGUUAGAGGUGGUCUUCGGCGUGAAGGUGGUGAUAACGGGCGAUGGCUUCGUUCCCGGGGAGCGUAGCGUGAUCAUAAUGAACCAUCGCACGCGUCUCGACUGGAUGUUCCUCUGGUGCUGCCUGCUGAGGUACAGCUACCUCCGUCUGGAGAAGAUCUGCCUGAAGGCUGCCCUCAAGGCUGUGCCAGGCUUUGGCUGGGCAAUGCAGGUGGCUGCGUUCAUCUUUAUCCAUCGAAAGUGGGAAGAGGAUCGGCGCCACAUGGCCAACAUGCUGGAGUACUUCUGUGAUAUCAGGGAGCCAGUACAACUACUCCUCUUUCCUGAAGGCACUGACCUUACUGACAACUCCCGUGCCCGGAGUGACAAGUUCGCAGAUGAGAACGGCCUCCCUCGCUACGAGUAUGUCCUCCACCCGCGCACCACUGGCUUCACCUUCAUCGUGGACACCCUCCGGAAAGGCGACAAUCUGGACGCGGUCCAUGACAUCACCGUGGCCUACCCGGAGAACAUCCCGCAGACGGAGCGCCACCUGCUGUCCGGCUCCUUCCCGCGCGAGAUCCACUUCCACGUGCAGCGCCACGCAGUAGCCUCAUUACCCCGCCAGCCCGAGCUCCUGGAGGCGUGGUGUCGCGAGCGUUGGGCGGAGAAGGAGCAACGCCUACGGACGUUCUACGCGGCCCGGCCGCCUGCCUUUGCUGCACCCGAGGCUCGCGUGCCACCCUGCAAGAGCGAAUGGCGCGUGGCGCUGGUCAAGACCGCCUCGCUGUGCUACUGGACCGCCUUCAUCGCCCUGAGCACCGCUGGCCUCUGGUUCUGGGCCCCGCUGCGCUACUACUUCCUGUUCAUGGUGGUCUUCUUCCUGGGUCAGCAGAAGGCGAUGGGAGGGUUGGAGCUGAUCGAGCUGGCCUGCCAUCGGCGGCGGAGGGGCGGGGCGAUAGGCGGAGCUAGCAGCAAGGAGGAGUGAGAAGAGACCCGGUGAAUGUGGACGC